CGGGGCUGUGCUGUCCGCAGCACCAUGGCGGGGGCUGCGAGGGACAGCCCGGAGCGGGAGGAGGAGAAGGAACACGGCAUGUCAGUUUGCAGCAAGUUAUGCUAUGCCAUAGGAGGUGCCCCGAAUCAAGUGGCAGGGAGCGCAGCUUCCUUCUUCCUGCAGAUCUACCUGCUGGAUAUAGCCCAUAUUACUCCAUUUCAUGCCUCUUUGGUGCUGUUUAUUGGCAAAGCCUCAGGAGCUGUUACUGAUCCCGUUGCUGGCUUUUUUAUCAGCAAAAGUAGAUGGACAAAAAUUGGUCGGCUCAUGCCUUGGAUGCUGGCAUGUACACCCUUCACAAUUGUCUCCUACUUUUUCAUGUGGUACCUGCCUCCUUUUGUAUCAGGAAGGGUUGUGUGGUACUUGACUUUCUACUGCAUUUUUCAAGCACUGACCACAUUAUUCCAAGUACCAUAUUCUGCUCUCACCAUGUUUCUCAGCACAGACCAGAAAGAGAGAGAUUCUGCAACAGCGUACCGAAUGACAAUGGAAGUCCUUGGGACCUUGGUUGGAGCUGCACUUCAGGGGCAAAUUGUGGCCAGCGCUCAUCUCUCUCAUCACUGCACUUUGAACCCCCCAGUAAACACUACCAGCUCUACCCUCUCCUUGAACAGCACUUCUGGCUUUCCCGAGCCUUCAGACCCCUUGUCUCAUCAAGCAAAAGUCUAUAUGAUUGCAGCAGGGGUUAUAGGAGGUAUAUAUCUUCUUGGAAUUAUCAUUCUUUUCCUUGGAGUAAAGGAAAAAGAUGAUCCUUAUGCCUUGAGUUCAGACAGAGCAAUUCCUUUUUGCAAGGGGCUUGGACUCACCAUGAAGCACGGCCCAUACGUGAAACUUACAGCUUCAUUUCUUCUCAUCUCAACAGCAGUUCAGCUAGAGCAGGGCAACUUUGUCCUGUUCUGUACUCAUGCAGCUGAUCUUCGCUAUCACUUCCAGUAUUUGGUGGUGACCAUCUUGGUAUCAGCAGUUGUGAGCAUUCCCUUCUGGCAGAAGUUUCUGCAGCGAUUUGGCAAGAAGUGUGCAGCAUGUGGGAUUUCGUGGAUGAUUCCUUUUGCAGUCAUGCUAGUGACCAUUCCAAACCCGAUCCUGGCUUACUUCGUGGCCUUUGUCUCUGGUCUGAGCAUUGCAGCAUCUCUGCUGUUGCCAUGGUCAAUGCUGCCUGAUGUUGUUGAUAACUUCCGCCUGCAGAAUCCCCACAGGAAAGGACAUGAAACCAUUUUCUAUUCUUCUUAUGUUUUCUUUACCAAGAUGUCAGCUGGAAUCGGCCUAGGAAUUUCUGCAGCUUGCCUGGAAUUUACUGGGUACAAGCCAGGAAUAUGCAGACAAUCCAAGGACGUGAUCCUCACUCUGAAAAUCCUCAUUGGAGCAGUUCCUGCCGUCCUCAUCUUCGUGGGUUUACUUAUACUCCUCUUCUACCCAAUCACUGAAGAAAGUCGGAAAGAAACAAAGCUUGCACUUGAAGUGUUAAGAAGGAGCCAUCAAAGCACAGAGAACCUGGAUGACCACAAAGAGGACACCUCAGUCUGAAAGUUCUGAAUACAAAGACUUCCUAAGCUCACAUCCCGCACACAAACUGUGAAAGUCUUCUGGGUCAUGUCCAUGCUCCCAUAUUGUCAGAAAGAAUAAAUAAUGAUUCUGAAAGUCGGUAAUGAAAUCAAAAGAGGGACAAAAAGUAGGUAUAAUUUCAUGCACUGUUCUAAAAGAGACAUUACAAUCAUUCAGGAAUGCAAGCUACUGGAGAUAUGGGGUUUUUUGUUUCUUUGUUUUUCAAUGAUAACAUAAAGCUGUGAUCUUUUUGCAGCAGAAUGGUCUAUGAACUUGUAGGCCAAGGGAAAAGCAUGUACAUUUGGUGUACUACCCAAAUUAUAACAUCUGAUAUGUAUCAGCCUUAGAGGCUGGGGUGGUUUCUGAACCUAUGAACCUAAUCUCUGCCUAUAAAUUGCACACCGGUGUGUUUAGGAAGCACUUUGGAAUCCUGAUGUGUGCUAUAAACAUUUAGGAUUUUGUUAGUUUUGAAAUGAAACAAAUCACAGAUGUAGACAUGUUUUGAAGAUUUUCUCACAAAGAGUAAUUCUGGAAGAGGCUUUGAUGCAAUUUAACAUUGUAGAUUUCAUUUGAAACAGAACAUUCUCACACUGGAGUUCCUUGUUUCACACACCUUUGAACUGAUCUUUGUCAGAGUGUGAGCGUUUUAUUUUACAAACAACAUCUCUGCUCGAGGUACCCCAAAUCAGUUGUCUCUUCCAAAAAUUAGAGUGUGCCAUUCAAAUUUAUGUAACUUUGGCCUUUAAGCAAUUGCAAUUCCCACCUGUUUUUCAUUUGGUAUAGUUUCAUCCAUACAAAAUUCCAUGGCAUCGCUGCUAAUCUCUGCUUGCACACAGUGUUUAGAAUAACGAGGCUACACCUGACUGGUGAUCCUUAUCAGUUGGAGAUCCCAUCGUGCUUUAGAUACAUUAUCAGAAACCUCAUUUCUACUAGAUUCACUCGCUGAACACAUUUUGUUGACACAAGGUGCAACUGAUGGCUGGUGCUUUGUGGGGUAGUUAAGUUCAGGCCAAGUCAUUUGGGGCUGGAGGAGUCAGUGAAAAACAGACACCUCCAAUUCAGGCUAAUACGACUGGACUGUGAAGGAACAUAUCUAAAUUGGAGGGCGAUGAACCCAAGACCUGAAGGCUUGUUCUCAUGAAGAAAUGAGCACAGUGCAAGACAAGACACAAAUUUACAGUUCACUUUCUUUGCUUAUGCACAUAUGGGAGGGUGCCUUAAUUCUGUACUCGAAGUGCCUUUGGACAAGCAGCACACCAUACUGGGAGGUGUCACUGGGGGCAGUGAUCAUAAGGAGUUUGCUCAGGGCCAUCUGGGGAGGCAAAUCAUGGUGCCAGGACUGAAAACUGGGAAAGACUCUGUGAAAUAAACCCAGUGCAUCCACAGAGUGUCUCAUGAAGUUCAAUAUGGAAACCUCAAGCUUUUCAGGCAAGUCUAAGGGCUAAUGAACUGUCCUAAUUUGGUAAAGUGCUUAAUCACAAGUGAGUCUUUAAGGAUGUAUUUUCAGUGUGUGUAGGUUAAGAGUGAAUGAUGUUGAAGACUUGUAGUGAACUGACAUCUGGGGAUGGGGUUUUUUUCAGGUUUCAGCUCCUGAACAAACCAAGAUCUGUAUUGCCUGGGGCAUAUGUGUUUACAACAAUAAAAAACAAAGUCUGUUUUCAAUUUUCAGUCUAAUCGAAUUUGAAAUACAAGAUAUACUUCAUUUUGAUGUAGAUGAUGUACUAUUAUACAUAGCUCCU